CUGGUUGGUCAAAAUUCGCGGGAAAGACAAAACUGACCAAUCAGGAGGCUGGAUUGCCUUCCUAUGCUUUCUCUAUGGGAGAACGCCGACGACCGCCCCUGCUGCCUCAACUCUAACGCUACCCUUCCAUUUGUGACCAAGUAUGCCACGUGCCAAAUUAGUGGAUACGAAGCCACGCGGCCGCAUGUCUGCGUACGCGUUCUUCGUCCAGACGUGCCGGGAGGAACAUAAGAAAAAACAUCCAGACGAGAAUGUCAUCUUCUCCGAGUUCUCACGCAAGUGUGCCGACCGCUGGAAGACCAUGACCGAUAAAGAAAAGCAGAGGUUUCAUGACAUGGCAGAAAAGGACAAGACUCGCUAUGACACAGAGAUGCAAGGGUACAGGGGACCGCGGCAGUCGCGUUCCUCACGCAAACGACGCAACCGCAAGGACCCCAAUGCUCCCAAGAGAGCGCUAUCGGCGUUCUUCUGGUUUUCCAACGACGAGCGGCCCAAAGUCCGAGCCAGCAACCCUGACAUGGGGGUGGGUGAGGUGGCCAAGCAACUGGGAGCAGCCUGGAGCAACACACCUCAGGAAGUGAGGAACAAGUAUGAGAUUAUGGCCGAGAAUGAUAAGGCCAGGUAUGAGAAGGAAAUGAAAGCAUUCAAAGAGGGUAACUUCGGAGCGAAGAAGCUCAAGACCACUGAAGAUGAAGAUGACGACGAAGACAGUGAAAGCGAAGAGGAGGAAGAGGAGGAGGAUGAAGACGAAUGAUUUAUUUACAUACUUUACUGAUCACCCCGAGUAUUACAGGAAAAAAAAAUUUCGACCCUUGGCCUACGAAUUAUUUUUAUGACCCAGAGUAAUGAGUUUUUUGGCGACUUGGGCCUUUGAGUUAUAUACACCCUGAAGUAUUUUUUUUUUUUUUUUUUUUUUUUUUUUUUUUUUUUUUUUUUUUUUUUUUUUUUUUUUCAAAUUUAGGCCUUCAAAUUUGUUAUUUACCACCCAAAGUAUUUUAUGUUUUUUUUGACUUUAGGCCUUUGAAUUUAUUUAAUUUUUUUCAACUAGGCCUUUGAUUUAUGCCCUAUUGUACAAUUUUUUAGGCCAUUGAUUUAUGCCCUAUUGUACAAUUUUUUAGGCCAUUGAUUUAUGCCCUAUUGUACAAUUUUUUAAUUUUAUUUUUGACUAGGCCUUCGAAUUAUAGGAGGAUUAUUUACGAAUUGUGCCUUCCCCCUCCCCCCACAAGGCGCGUGUACGUGAGCUGUACCGGUAAUUAUCCUGUUUUUUUUUUUUUUUUUGUGUCCUGUCCAUGUCAGAAAUUGUACUUUUUUUUUUUUUUUGUUAAAGGGUCUGUAGUCCUUUUAAAAGUCUUUUUCAGGAAUACCAAAGAAAAUGGUACAUUGAUACGGCCAACCCUUUGUGUGACGGAUUGAUUGAGGGUAGCAGAUGGCUGGUAAUGGCUAUUGUGGUGGUUAGAGGAGAGAUUGAUGGGUCAGGAUUGUAACAGUGGACAGUUUUGUCCGCCGUUCCUCAGUCCGCCAACUUGGCAGAUUCUGUUAUGCUUUUCUGAAAUCCAUCAUACAAAGGGUUCACCGUAAUUUCAUUUAGAGUGGAAGAAAUCGUUUUUUGAAAAUAUUUAUUUAUCUUCGAAGUUGCUAAUUUAUUUUCCGCUAUAGUUUCUAGUAUUUUUGAACUGUGUAACCCUGCAUUCAAGACAUGUUUGAUACUUGUACAUACGGCAUUUUUGUACAACUGGUGAAGACGAGCGUUGAGAUGCGGUGAUGUGUGGGUCUUGUCUACAGCAUCUUUGUUACAGGUGUACAAGAGUGUACUUCACCCCCUCAUAGAUAUUACUUGUACAUCCUCUCAUAACCUCUGCAGUGGUUAGGCUGAUUCGUUUAUGCAAUUUUUCACUGGACUAUUUUAUGAAGUGACUGGACAGGGGUGACACAGUAUGGGCAGGGCUCUAGUUCCUGUCCACUAUCCCCAUACGUUCCCUGUCCAGUCAUUUGUAAUAUAUCUUGAGUUAACGAAUUUUUAUAUCCAUGUACAUAUUUACGUAUCUAUACAUAUUUUUACAUAGAUAUUUACAUUGGGGUUGACUGUUGGAUAACAUGCUAGUUAGGUUCCCAGAAAUGGUGUGUAAAUUGAAGUUAAGAACAUGGGAAAAUGGGAUUGUGUCCAUUAGGCCUCCAAAAAGGCAAACCAGAUUUUUUUUGUAAGCCUUGAAAUUAUCAGAAAAUAUUGGUGUGUGUGGGUGUAGUGAUGUUAUGUUUAAUAUAAUAUAGCUUCAAAAAUUGCAUCUUGAAUUAAAUUCUUGUGUCUGUGCAUUGAUAUCUGCCAACAUAGCUGAUAGCAUUUGCAAUUUUGAAUUUAUGCCAGAAAUCUGGCACUGCAAGAUGCAGUAGGUUCCCACUUUUUAAUAUGUAGUUUUGCAGUAAGGCCACAGUAAACAGGUGAUAGUGCUAUGCAAAACCACCACUGUGAAAAAAAAUAGUGAACUUUCAUCGCUUUUGUGAUUUCUCGCAUAUUCAAGGAACUGAGAAAUCACGAAAGCGCUUGGAGUUCACAAUUUUUUCAGUGUUUUUGUGUGUGUAAUUACACUUAUACAUCCUAAUAAUUCCACAAUCCAAUGGCUGUAUUAGUUGUAUUUGACAGUAAAAAUACAAUAAGUACAUGUGGGUGUAAACUAAAGGUUCUGGAUGAAUACAGGAAUUAUCAAGAGUGAGGUGAACCUUGAGUACAAGGUUCUUGUGUAGGUAAAACUAGACUUGAGGGAUAGAGGGAUGCUUAAACCAGUCAGCGGAUAAUUGAUAUCUGUGUUGAGUGGAUUAACCUCCAGGACUGGUUAGGUUAGGUUUUAUCUGUGCCUUUCAAAGCACAGUUUACACUUUAAACCAUCUGAUGUACACAAGUGGCAACUAUCCAACGUACUAAUACACUAAGUACACGAGUCUAGGAGCUUUAAUGUUAAUAUUUCUUAACAUUAAGACUGAUGUUAAUGUUACUUAACAUUAAGAAUAGUAUUUCAUCUUUGCAAUUGCAAAUCAAUUGCAUAUUCCCUUGGUUGCCAUGGUUACUCUCCAGACAAGUUGAGAUGCUGGAAAAAAUCACUAAGAUAGGCCUAGUCUCAUAUAUGUGGGCUAGGGAGGCUGUGUAUGUUUAGACUUACCCCAUAGCACACUGGCCCAGGGGUUAAAACCUAGUUCUACCCUGCGCAUACCCUGCGUAAAUUGACUUUGGCACUGUUUGCUGCAGUUUUGCAGCCAUAUUGAAGCUGAAUUUUUUUAAUAGAAUCCUUGUUAUCCAGCGGUCUACUGUAUAUAUAUACAUGUAUAUAUAUUAUAUCAUGCAUACACACACGCACACACUACACGCACGCACACACUACACGCACACACACACUAUGCUCACUCACUACACACACAUGCACUACACACACGCACGCACUACACACGCACGCACUACACACGCACGCACUACACACGCACGCACCACAC